AAUGCUUCAAGAAUGCAAAUCAGAAUUGGCAUCCUGUAAAGCUAAACUGAUAUCCUUGAGUAUAAAGGAUAUGUCUAAACUAUUGCCUAUGUGUAAGACUAGUACAAGUAAGAACGAGGUUUUUAUUUUGAAUGACAUGAUUGAAAAAUAUGAUUUUGAUGAAGAGAAAGAGAGGGUAGUGUGUUAAAGUGAUUCUUUAAGGAUAAUACUAAGACUAGUCUGAGAUUGUUAAGAAAUGAUGUAUAGAGAUAUAUCAAAGAGUUGAAAGGGUUCACUAACAGUCAUGAGUAUUAUUAAAAAAUUGAAAGCAUGGCAAACAAUAUUACUAAUGAGUAUUUAUCAAUAUCUAUGUAUUCAUAGAAUAACAGAUUUCAAAUCAAAAAUGUCAUAUUAAUUUGAUGAUUUAGCAUAAUAAGAGGAAGCAUUAACAGAUGAUUUAAAAAUAAUUGAAUAGAAAAUGGACAAUUAUGAUGUUGUUCAAAAACAACCCAUUAUUAAAAGAAAGCCUAUGCAAAAUAAUGAAGAGACUGUAAGUGAAUUAGGAUUGAUCAAAUAAAAAGUGGAUUUUAUAGAUGAAAAAAUAGAUUAAAUUAAACUCUUAGAACCAGAAGAUCAUAGAGAAUUUUUAAGAGUAAGAACUAAACAUAAAGGUAAAAUAUCUCAAAAUUUCAUUAAUGAUUGUCUCAAGGCUAUCCCAUUUAUAACUGAGGAUCAAUUAAUGGAAUAAAUAGAAAAUUAUAAUUUAUUACAAUAAUUAGAAGAUGAAAAGAAAGAAUUACUUACAGAAUAUAAAAGAAAGAAAGAGGAAAAUAAAUAAAUUCAAUUACAAUAAGAAUAAUAAUAAUAAGAAAUUGAAAAAUAGAAAUAAGUAAAAAAGCCUUUGGUUCCAAAAGAGGAGAGAGAUAAAUUAAAAGAAGAAAUAAAGUAAUGGAAGAUUAAGAGAGUUACAUAGAAAGCAAUAGAUGAAAUAGAGUAUGAUACAAAAAAAGAUAUUGAGAAAUAGAAAUCAGAAAUGUUAAAGAAGGAAAGAGAAGAAAAGAAAUUAUAAGUAUAAUACUAUAGGGAAUAGAAAUUAAUUGAAAAAUAGAGAGAAUAAGAAUUAAAAUAAGUAGAAACAAUGUCAAAAAGAUAUGUUAGUUAAGAAGCAAUAGAAAGAAUUAAAAUGAAAGAAAAUCAUUUAAUUGAAAAAAAGAAGAGUAUUCUUGAAUAGAAAUAAAAGAAAUAAUUUGAUUAAGAAAUUAAAUAAUAAGCAAGAGAAGAAGAUAAAUAUAUUAAAUUUGCUUAUGUUGAAUCAAAAUUAAAUGAGACAACUAAAGCAGCAGAAUUAUAAAAGAGAUAAAAAUUUGAUCCAAAAAUUGAUCAAGGAAAAUAUGCAGAUACUUUUGGAGGAAAUUUAUUAGGAGCUGGUAGAAGAGCCAUUCCUGGUUGGAGAUAAAAUUUAGGUUGA